GUAUGUGAGUGUCCGUUUAUGCUAUUCUGUUUCUUGUCCAUAGGUGAGGAGGAUAGCAGCAGACACUGCGUGGCUUGGAGAGAACCACUGUCCAUACAUGCUGACUUUCUAUAGAAAACUUUUGUGAUUUUGAAUAUGUUUUUAAAGAAUAGCUUGGUUGGGACUUAAAAAUAACUCAGGAAUAUUUAAUUUUUUGCUACAAGGGAAUUUAAUUUGUGACAUUUUAUGGACUCCAAAUUGUCUUAAAAGUUCUCAUUAGGAGUGAAGCAUUAGAUUUUGAAACUGGACAUUUUCUCUGGAUGGUGUGUCUAUGGAUUUAUGGAUAAGAUGAGCAGUGGUUUGUCUGGACUCUACUCUGAAGCACAGGGUGUUGUGCAUAAGGUGCUGGUUUCUGCAGAGAAUUUGCAGCUCACACUGAGAUCGGACUUCAACCUUGAGGAACACGCUCUCAACUGCCAUCACAGAGGCUGUCUGGAGGCAGAAACCACAGGGAAUGAGGACCUAAAGGAGAUGCUGGAGAGCACUAAGGAGUCUCACAAACUGGAUGCCAUGAAGAGGGUGGUGGGGCUGAUAGCGAGGGGGAAAAAUGCAUCAGAACUGUUUCCUGCUGUAGUGAAAAAUGUUGCAAGCAAGAACCUUGAGCUGAAGAAGCUGGUUUACGUAUACUUGGUCAGGUAUGCAGAGGAACAGCAGGAUCUUGCCCUUCUGUCCAUCAGCACCUUUCAGCGUGCUCUCAAGGAUCCAAACCAGCUGAUCAGGGCCAGUGCCCUACGGGUUCUCUCCAGCAUUCGUGUGCCAAUCAUUGUGCCCAUUAUGAUGUUGGCCAUCAAGGAGGCUGCCUCUGACCUUUCACCUUACGUCAGGAAAACAGCUGCUCAUGCCAUACAGAAACUGUACAGUCUGGAUCCUGAUCAGAAGGAGCACCUGAUUGAAGUGAUUGAGAAGCUACUAAGAGACAAAAGCACGCUGGUGGCAGGGAGUGUGGUGAUGGCAUUUGAAGAAGUGUGUCCUGAUCGGAUUGAUCUGAUCCAUAAGAACUACCGGAAGCUGUGCAACCUUCUGAUCGAUGUGGAGGAAUGGGGACAGGUGGUGAUCAUUAACAUGCUCACCCGCUACGCUCGCACGCAGUUCAUCAGCCCAUGGAGAGAGGACGGUACAUUUGAUGAAAACAGUGAAAAGGCAUUCUACGAUUCAGAUGAAGAGAAGAGAGAUGGCGUGAAGCAGACAAAGCCAUACGUGAUGGAUCCAGAUCAUAGAUUACUGCUACGCAAUAUCAAACCUUUACUGCAGAGUAGAAAUACUGCUGUGGUAAUGGCUGUGGCACAGCUGUAUUGGCACUUGGCCCCUAAGCAUGAACUGAACAUCAUCACCAAAUCUCUGGUGCGACUGCUAAGGAGCCACAGAGAGGUUCAGUAUAUAGUGCUGCAAAAUAUUGCCACCAUGUCCAUUCAGAAAAAGGGCAUGUUUGAGCCAUUCUUGAAGAGUUUUUAUGUAAGAUCAACAGAUGCCACACAUAUCAAAACACUCAAGCUGGAAAUCCUAACUAACUUGGCCAAUGAAGCCAACAUCUCCACCAUACUCCGUGAGUUCCAGACAUAUGUUAAGAGUCAGGACAAAGAGUUUGCAGCCAAUACUAUCCAGGCAAUUGGAAGAUGCGCAACCAACAUCUCUGAGAUCACAGACGCAUGUCUCAACGGCCUUGUGCUAUUGCUUUCCAGCCAAAAUGAGACAGUCGUAGCAGAGAGUGUAGUGGUCAUUAAGAAGCUGCUGCAGACACAGCCCUUACAGCACAGCGACAUCAUCAAACACAUGGCUAAGCUGUUUGACAGCAUUACGGUGCCCAUGGCAAGGGCAAGUAUUCUGUGGCUCACCGGUGAAUAUUGUGAGCAUGUGCCAAAAAUUUCGCCCGACCUUCUGAGGAAAGUGGCCAAGACCUUCACCAGUGAAGAGGACAUUGUUAAAAUGCAAGCAGUCAACCUUGCAGCCAAACUGUACCUCACCAACUCCAAACAGACUAAGCUGUUGGUACAGUACAUUCUAAACCUGGGGAAGUACGAUCAGAACUAUGACAUCAGAGAUCGUACACGGUUUAUCCGGCAGCUGAUAGUUCCCAAUGAGAAAAGUGGUGCUUUGAGCAAGUAUGCACGUCGAAUUCUGCUGGCACCCAAACCUGCCCCAGUGCUGCAGUCUGCCUUUAAAGAUCGGGAUCGUUUUCAGCUCGGCACACUGUCCCACACUCUGAACUCUAAAGCCACAGGCUAUCUGGAGCUGUCUGAUUGGCCGGAUGUGGCUCCUGACCAAUCUGUGAGAAAUGUGGAGGUGGUGGAAGCGGCAAAUGAAUGGGCUCCAUCUGUCAGCAAAGCCAAACCUACCACAUCAGAUGACAAGUUCUACUCAGACUCUGGAGAGGAAGAAGAGGAUGAGGAGGAGGAAUCUGAUAGCAGCAGUGAGGACAGCAGUAGCAGCGGUGAAGAGUCAAACAGCAACACAGAGAGUGAGGAAACUGAUGAAAGUAGCAGUGAAUCUGAUGAGAGCUCCAGUCAAUCAGAGAAGAGCAGCAACUUGGGUUCUGACAAGAAAAAAAGGAAAACUCAGAAAAACAAAGAGCUUCAGCAGGGCACAAAACCCAGGAAAGACAGUGACUCAGAUGUGGACCAAAACAACAGGCAUUUGGGUAAAGCUGGUUUGGGAAGUGAGUCGAGCACCUCAGAGGACACUUCGUCUAGCUCAGAGUCCGACUCUGAUUCUGACUCCCCAGCUAAACAGAAACCAAAAAGCACACCAGUCAAGAAGUUGGAAGAACAACCUAAGAAAGCAAAAGAAGUUUCUCUCUUGGAUCUGGAUGACUUUUCACCCACUGUAGUUACCACACCCAAGAGCUCCAUCCUCUCCCCAAGUCUUUUGUCUGACCUACAAGGCCUCUCGCUUUCUGCCUCUUCCACCCCGGCCAUCCAGGUGACCAGUCCCAUGUUUGUUCCUGUUCGUUCUCAUGAGCUGCUCCACAGCAUGACUGGAAAAGGCCUGGCUGCUCACUAUCACUUUCCCAGGCAACCAUGUAUCUACGGCAACCACAUGGUUUCUCUCCAACUGACACUUAGCAAUCACAGUGACCACGUCCUACACAACAUCCACAUCGUGGAGACAGUGUCCACCGGUCAGAAAAUCCACUCUUUCAGCCCAAUUGAGAGUUUGGAGCUAGAGGCAUCAGUAACAGUUUCAAUUGGAGUGGAUUUUAAUGACUCAACCCAAGCAGCCAGUUUCCAGUUGUGUACUAAAGAAGAUCGGUUCAGUGUGUCUAUCCAGCCAGCAGUGGGAGAGCUACUACUCCCCGUCACCAUGUCUGAACAGGACUUUAACCAAGAGCAAGGAAAGCUGCAGGGAAUGAAUGAAAGCUCAACCACAGUCAUCAUGUCAUCCAAAAACGUCUUGAUCAGUGACAAGGUCAUGAAUGUGGCUAACUUGGGUGUGGUGCCAUCUGGAGAAAAUAACAUGCACAGGUUUGCAGCCAAGCUGGUGAGCUCCAGCACCCUGGUGUUGGUGUGUGUGGUACAGAAAGAUGCCAGCGCUCAAAUAAUUGUCAACACAGAAAAGACGGUCAUCGGCUCUAUGCUGCUCCAUGAGCUCCAGAUAGCACUUGGUGCCUCCUAGAAUACUCCUUAUACUACACACACCCCAACUAAAACCUGCAAAAAAGAAAAGAAAAGAAAAAAAAAUACACACGCUGACCAUUUUGUAUGCAUGUGAGUGAGUGAGAGAGAGAAAAACUACUUAUGUUCCAGUGACUGUAAAGGGCAAGCCAAACACACAUUUCCCCCAGUAUUUACAGAAAUUAUAUUUGGACCAGCAAUUUGAGCAUUUUUAAUCCAUUUAAAACAAUUUUUUUUUUUUUAUCCAGGGCUGUAUGUGAACAACCUUCCUCUUAUAUAUAGUUAGACCACAAAAUGCAUCCUGAUACAUGUGUUUUUACAUGUAUUUUCAUUUAGAAAAUUUUUAACUGUUAAAUGAUAAAAAGAGUUUUUUUUUUUCCUUCUUCAAACUCCAGAUCAUGGCCUGCAAGUUUUGAUUCUCAGUAGCAAAUUGUAGCACUGGUUUAACAGAAAGUGAUUGCUUUAAUCUAAUUCUCUGUUAAUUAGGUCUUUCUUGCACAGAAAACUUCAGUGAUUUUUUUUUUCCAUCCUGUUCUCUAUUUACCACAUCUACAUGUGCACUUAGCACAGUCAAGAUUUUCCCUGUACUGAGAAGUAUUUCACUGUUCUGAAAAAUAAUUGGAAAGCCUGUUUACUACAAAAUCAUAAUAGAAAUAUAUAUAUGCAUUAGUUAUCUUCCUCAAUUUUUUUUUUGCAAAACAUUCUUGCAUUCUUAAGUCAAAGAUAUUUGUAAAUGAGGCUCUAAAUAUGUAUAAUUCUUAUUUUCUGAAACGUGACUACGUUUUCAGAGGGACAAAUUUGUGGUUACAGUGCCAGUGUAGUUGUGUGGGUCUGAUGGCAAACGGAUACCACAAAUUCUAUCCAGAUUAAGAUUCUCUCAUUUUUCUCUAAUUCUUAGACCGUUAUUGUUAAGAGUGUCAGUGUAGUUUUGAAUUUGUUAUAUAGCCCUGUAUUGUAUCCCUUUAUUGAAGGAAUUCAUCAGCUGCCCUUAGAUUACCAUUAUUAUAUUACCCUUAAAAUGUAUAAACAGUUUUCCAUUCUUUACUCAGUACAGAGAAGCAUUAAAAUUCAGUGGUAACUACACUACAGAUUGAUGGAGAUUGGGGGACUUCAUGCUUUUUUUUUCAUACUGCUCUUUAUUCAGGAUCAGAACCCAUGGUCUUCCAGACUAUAGCCAUAACUCAUGCACUCUGUGCCAUCAUCAAAAAUGUUGUCCUGUUGACAUUUUUAUGAGAAUGUGAGUGCAUCUCUCUCCAUCGUGCCUAAGUGUAGGUUGUAAGGAUGCCACAGAACCAUUAGGAUGUGGACACACACCCACACAUAAUUAUUGAUCUUGGUUGCUGGGUUUGUUGUGUUUUGGCCCAGCUGGAAAAGUUGCUGUAUUGAUUUUUAAAAUAAAAUAAGAUGAAAUAAAGAACAACGUAACCAAUUUUUAAAACAA